AAUUACAAAAGAGUUAUUUAAAGUUGUUGAUAGCCCAGAAAAAAUGCUGAAUUUAGGGCACGGCGAGCUAAGGAAACGCAUAGCCAGUAUAGGUUUAUAUAACUCCAAGGCAAAAAAUAUAAUCGAGCUAAGCAAAAUGUUGAUUGAACGGCACGAUAGCAAAGUUCCUAACAAUUUCGACGAUUUAAUAUCUUUACCAGGAGUUGGAAGAAAGAGCGCUAAUGUGUUCUUGAAUUCAGGGCUUGGCCUACCAACAUUGGCAGUUGACACUCAUGUUUUUAGAGUUAGCAAUAGGAUUGGUCUGGUAAAAGAAAAUGAUGUAUUUAAAACAGAGCAAUCCCUCGUAAAUGUAAUAUCAAAAAAAUAUCUACUUUAUGCUCAUCAUUGGUUAGUUCUACAUGGUAGAUAUGUCUGUAAGGCAUUAAAACCUUCGUGCAGCACAUGCAUUAUCAACGAUUUAUGUGAACUUGAUAAUAAAAGAUACAAUAUUGUAGAUCGUCCUUAA